GGCCAAGCAAGUGUGACAGUUGACAUGUUGACAAACAUAAUCAAUAAAUAAGUCGAAUUAAAUGAAUUUUAAUCGAAAAUUACGGUAUUUGUAACAAAUAAACGCUCGAAGAAGCAUAAAAGUGAUAUAAUUUAACAGUAACGCGCCCGAAAAAACUGAAUAAUCGCCUCGAAUUCACCUUGCCAUAAAACAAAACCAGCUCACAUGACGAUGACGCGUCGCAUUCGACUCGCCGACGCCGCCUCGAUUCUACUAAUCACAUUUAGUAGACUACCCGAAAGGUCACCACGGCACUCUCUGCACCCAACAACAUGGAGGCGAUCGUGGGAAUGGGCCAUUUCUGCGACACCCACGGCCCCAGCGUGAUCCUGUGCACCCAUCCCGCCGACGGGCCCCUUCUCAAAGGCGCCCCCGUCGCGACGCCCGCCUGCGACGGUUGCCGGUCCAUCGACGAUCGAACCGUGCUGGUCAGCGAAGGUUCCGAUAGAUGUUUCGUGACGACCAGGAGCUCGAUGGACGAGCACGUGGCACGUUUGUUAAAAGACGUCGUGCUCAGGAGUUUGAGCAUCGAGGUGGUGUCCGAGGAUGCGGAGAGUUCCGGUUCGAUGUAUUUCGGAGAUGAUAGCAGAGGUCACGUGAUAUCGCACGUGUUUAGCUUGAAGGAUUCGAAUGCCAGGGGAUUCACCAGGAGGUAUUGCUUGGUGGUUUUGGGGAAGAAUCCGAUAUCGCUGCUCAGCCACUACGAUUUCAUCGAAGAAAACCUGAGGAAGACCGGCGAGUACCUUAGACGUAAAUCCGAACAGUCCAAGGCCCCUCUAAAGCCUACAGCAGCGCUAGCGCAACUAGUAGACGAGCCUCACGUUUUCGCCCAACUGCAUAUGCGCUUCGUCUUUUUGCUAGCGGCCCAAAUCUACCACUUGGAGCCCCCCAGAGCCCCCGAUAUCUGAUGGAUUUUUGUAUAUCAUACGUUAUUUAAUAGAUCUCA